AUGGACAACAUAGAUGCCAUGUUCAGUCACCUGCUUGUAGAGAUGGAUGAUCUCUCUCAGAGUUUAUCGUCUGCGGCGGGCCCACCUGCUUCACGCAGAGAGAGCACCUUCUCCAUUGGCUUAAUGGUGAGUGUUCGUUCAGAUGAUGACGCUGUCAUGCAGAGGGAGACGAGCAAGAUCAGCAAGUCUCUUAAUGAACUGGAGGGCCAUGACCUGGGUGCCCUGGCGGCUGACCUCGGAUCAAAAUUAACCCCACAGGAUCUCUCCACUUAUCAACAAAACUGCAGCCUCAACGAUUAUCCAACUGCACCACCUGGCAUGACUCAGGGAUCUGAGGCAGCAGCUAAACUUCCUCUAACACCAAACACUGCUGAAUUAGCUGGAGCGCUGCAGAGGAGUAAACUCCAGACAAAGGCAGACAAAAUUAAAUUGGCUCUGAAGAAGAUGAAAGAAGCCAAAGUGAGGAAGUUGAUCGUAAAGGUGAUGAUGAGGGACAGCAGCCCCAAGACUCUGAUGGUAGAUUAAAGACAAACGGUGCGGGAGGUUUUGGACAAGCUGUUUGCAGACUGUGACUGCAGCGUCGACUGGGGUCUGUGUGAGACCAAUCCUGAGCUGCAGAUUGAAAGAGGCCAUGAGGACCAUGAAAGUUCAGUGGAGCUGCUGUCUGCAUGGACUCGCCACACUGAAAACAAAAUCUAUUUCGUGUCAAGACCUCAGAAGUAUUUAAUGUUCACAGACCCUAGGUUAUUUUACGUGCGGAAGAAGAAGACAGUUUUGAGUGGGAUUAAAGAGAAUGCCAAACAACUCUUAAUCAAGGAGCGUUUUGGGGGUUCUACUCUGAUUGUGCCUGAUCUUGAGGGCACACUGUUCCUAAAGGAAGAUGGGAACAAGGUAUGGAAACCUCGCUACGUCGUGCUCAGGGCCUCGGGCAUCUACUGUGUACCCAAAGGAAAGACAAAGUCUUCCCGUGAUCUUGCCUGUUUUGUCCGUUUCGAAAAAGUCAACAUCUACACUCUUAUUCCAAGCAGGUAUCCAUGGUGCUCUCAAACGUUGACCUGGCCACAGUGCAGUAACAGCUUGGUACAGUGUGCCCUCUGCUGGCUCUUGCGUCAUCCCUGCAUCCAGAAAGAGUCUCAAUACAUCAAGUUCCUGUGUUGUGACGACGAACACACACUGUCGCUAUGGGUGAACUCCAUCAGAGUAGCCAAGUAUGGGACUGCUCUGUACGAGAACUACCAGGCUGCAGUGAAGACCAUGUCCACUCUGCACACCCCCCACUCUACUGAACCCAAAGUCUACACACUUAGAACGGGGCUCACAGAUCCAAAAGCCACACCACUGUGA